AUGCCGCACGCGACCAAUGAAACAAGGCUACCUGCCUCAGUCUCUGGUCCACGUCGAAUUGUGCUUUGCUUCGAUGGCACGGGCAAUCGAUUCCAAGGCAAUGAGUCUGACACAAACAUUGUGAAAAUCUAUCAGAUGCUCGAGAGACACUCUCCUGGUCAAUUCCACUACUACCAACCGGGAAUUGGCACCUAUGUCAAAGGCGAAAGUUCAAGCGGAAACUUAUUGACCAUUUGGCCCAAGAUCAAAUCCAAGAUUAUCACCACCAUCGACCAAGCAGUUGGUACAUCAUUCCGGAGUCAUGUUUUGGCUGGUUACCAGUUUGCAAUGCGCUAUUACAUCCCUGGGGAUCACAUUUACAUUUUUGGGUUUUCGCGAGGUGCGUACACAGCCCGCUUUCUCGCAGAGAUGAUUCAAGAUCUUGGUCUUCUCUCCAAGGGCAACGAAGAAAUGGUUCACUUUGCAUGGGAAACGUUUAGCAAUUAUCAGCAAUCUCGCGCAAAUGAUCCUCCCACCGACAAGGACAUCAAACUGGAAGGAUAUCUGCAGAAUUUCAAGACUACGUUCUGUCGCCCAGACGUAGGAAUUCAUUUCCUCGGUCUCUUUGACUGUGUGAAUAGUGUUGGUCAGUUUGAGAUCCCAUUCUACCGCACCUCCUACAAGUCGAUUGCCAAUCCAGCUGCCCGUCAUAUCCGACACGCGGUAUCUAUCCAUGAGAGAAGGCUGAAGUUCAAGCCGGCACUGUUUCUCAUGGACAAGAAUAAAGACCCUGUGGACCUAAAAGAGGUGUGGUUUGCUGGUAAUCACUGCGAUGUUGGCGGAGGCUAUGGACUGCAACGUGGUCAGAAGCAUCUUCUCUCGGACACGCCUUUGAACUGGAUGAUCCAAGAAGUCCUCAGUUUGGAGGGUUCGAAGAGCAAACUAUCAUUCCAGACCCUCAAUGUCGAUGACGUGGUGAAGAGAGAGAAUGCCUUCCCCGGAAAGGAGGAGCCUGGCACCAAUGCUUUCGAAGUUCGAAGAGAAACUAACCAGCCACACGACACCCUGCGAUUUGGAUAUGGAACCUUCUUUGUGAUGGUCAUUAUGUGGUGGAUUCUGGAAUGUCUUCCAAUAUUCACUCGUCUCGAGUUGGAAAAGGGAAAAUGGGUCCCUCGUCGACUCCCACCAAACCUCGGUGCCCCCCGGGAUCUACCUUUAGAUGCCGAAAUCCAUCCAAGUGUAAACGAAAUGAUUCGAGCGGGCAUCUUGAAAGAAGAGUCAAUUCCUGUGCGAGGCGGGGACAACUCGCAUCUGCCUAAUGUAGCCAACAUCACGUAUGCCUGGACAAAGAUGAGAAAGAACAUGGCUAGCCAAGCUGUGAACGGGAAGAAGGAGGCCUGA